AUGAAGUUCCAAAUACUCACAUAUCUCGCCUCCACUGCCGUCGCCGUCUCAAACCACGAAUCUCACAUCUUUACCCGCCAAGGAACAUCCUCCAUCUGGGCCGGCGGCAUACACACCUCCAACUCCGUAACCUUUGUCACCGGCACCAUCACCCUGCCCCCAUACAAGAAUGAACCCAGUCGCGGUGUCUCUUUCUGGGUUGGCAUCGACGGGGCGACAUGCCGCGAUGCGAUCCUCCAAACGGGCGUGGACUACCUCGACAACAGAGUAUAUCCCUGGUACGAGUGGUAUCCGGAGGAAACAAAGUUCUACUCGGAUGGGCUGUCCGCAAAGCCGGGUGACAAGAUUCGGAUGACUGUUACAGCGACGAGCUCCACGUCCGGGAUUGCUAGUCUGGAGAAUCUUACUACGGGGGUGAAGAGGAGCGUGACGCUACGUGACAAGAAGAAGUUGUGUUUGAGGGACGCGGAGUGGAUUGUGGAAAACGUAGCGAAGGAGGGAUUGUCGGAUUUCGGGGAGGUGAGGUUUUCGGAGACGAAGUGGCGGAGUGAUAGGGGAGAAGGGGGAGCGAGCGGUGCAAAGGUUUACGAUGUGACGAGGAGUGGGAGGAAGCAGACGAGUUGCAGUGCUGGUGGGGAUGUGGUUUGUAAAUUUGUGGGGUGA